GCUGUGCGGGGAGGGAGCCGCGUCCCGCUGAUAGCACCGCUGGUGCGCCGCGGGAAGGAACUUUUGGGGUGAUUUUUUUUUUUUAAUUUUUUUUUUUUUUUUUUUUUCCCCUUUCCUACUGCGGACUGUGUUUUCAUAGAGCGAUUCCCAACCUACCCCGGGCCGCCGGGCACAGGCCGAGCAUGGAGAAGUACGAGGACAUGGCACUGAAGGCCACCAAGUUCAUGGAGGACCUGUCCCUCUACGAGCCCUGCCCGGACGCUCCCUAUGGCCGGGGUGGUCGCCGGGACCUAACGCUACACGCCGAUCUGGAGGAGACCAAGCGGGUCAUCGCCGCCCACAUGACGGCGGAGCAGCGGGGCCGGAAGAUGAACGGCACCGCCGCGCCGCCGCCGCCCGCCGAAGCCUUCUCCGCCGCCGCCCCCUGCGGCAAAGCCGCCCCGCUCCGCGCCGCCAACGGGCGCCCCACCGCCGAGCCGCCGUGCUGCGAGGAGGGGCUGUGCACCCGCUCCGAGGUGGCGCUGCCCUGCUACAGCGGCUUCCCCGACAAGGGCAAGCGCUACUCGGCCGAGGGCUACCGCUACGCCGCGGGCAGCGCCUACGAGAGCGGCUACGUGGCCAAGGGCGGCGGGCGGGCUCCCGGCGGCCCGGACGCCAAGUACGGCAACGCCAGCCCCCGGGCCAGCCUGGCCGCCCCGCCGGGUCCGGGCCCCGGCGCCGAGCACGGCAAGUUCUCCAGCCCGCGCUCCAGCCUGGGCGGUGCGGCCGCGCCGCCCUACGAGAAGUUCUCCAGUCCCCGCUCCAGCUUGGUGGUGCCCGGCCAGGAGAAGUACGGCAGCCCCCGCGGCAGCCUGGUGCAGUACGACGGGGCCGCUCUCAGCCCUCGCUCCAGCUACGCCAGCACGGCCAGCGACACCAGCAAGCACUCCAGCCCCCGCGCCAGCCUCACUAGCUACGACGGCGGCAGCAAACCUAGCAGCAACCGCACCAGCGGCAUCAGCAUGGGCUAUGACCAGCGGCACGCCAGCCCCCGCUCCAGCACCGCCAGCCAGUACUCGUGCACCACCAGCCCGCGCUCCAGCUACUCGGACUCCAGGUACGGGCCGCCGGGCGGCGUCGAGCUGGACGGGACGACUGCCGCCGGGCUCGCCGUGGCCAGCCCCCGCUCCAGCCUCUGCAGUCCCGAGGGCCGCGGCGGGCCGGGCGCCGCCGUGGUUAGCCCCCGCUCCAGCAUCUCCAGCCAGAGCUCGCGGAGUUCCCGCGGCUCCAUGAGCGCUUACCCCGAGCUGCAGCUGCCCUCGCCCCGCUCCUCCUUGCUUGGUCCCGGCCCGCAGGAGGACUGCGCCGCGCCCGAGCUGGGGGACGUCUACCGCAAGGUCCGUGCCCAGUCUCCGCAGCGGCACGACCCGCAGCACCCGGCCGCUGCGCCCGACGCCGCGCCCCCCUACGCUUACAGUCCCACCAAGGGCUCCGCUUCGGCGCCCAAGUUCAAGCUGCCGUAUCAGGUGACGCCGUGCCGGGACAGCGGCCCCAGCCAGGCGGAGAGGCGGCUGGAGGCACUGACACUGGAGCUGGAGAAGGAGCUGGAGAUGCACAUGAAGAAGGAGUACUUCGGUAUUUGUAUAAAAUGUGGAAAAGGUGUGUAUGGAGCGAGCCAGGCUUGCCAAGCAAUGGGUAACCUCUAUCAUACCAACUGCUUCACGUGUUGCUCUUGUGGGAGAAGACUACGAGGAAAAGCAUUCUACAAUGUCAAUGGCAAGGUGUACUGUGAAGAAGACUUCCUAUAUUCGGGUUUCCAGCAAACAGCAGAUAAGUGCUUUGUUUGUGGACACCUCAUAAUGGAAAUGAUCUUACAGGCCCUUGGAAAGUCAUACCACCCUGGCUGCUUCCGCUGCGUGGUAUGUAAUGAGUGUUUGGAUGGAGUCCCCUUCACUGUAGAUGUGGAGAACAAUAUUUACUGUGUCAAAGACUACCAUACGGUUUUUGCACCAAAAUGCGCUUCCUGUAACCAGCCGAUUCUACCAGCACAGGGAUCUGAAGAAACCAUCAGAGUAGUGUCAAUGGACAAAGAUUACCAUGUGGAAUGUUAUCACUGUGAGGAUUGUGGCUUGCAGCUCAAUGAUGAGGAAGGCCAUCGUUGUUACCCAUUAGAGGGCCACUUGCUCUGUCACAGCUGUCAUAUCAGGCGCCUCAAUAUUAAGUUGCCAUCGCAUCCCCCGCCAAGCUAUCCAAUGCACGUCACGGAACUCUGAAAGACAUUUCCAUUGCCAGUAAGCCGUUUAAAAGAGAAGACAAAUUUAAAAGUGACUUUCCUGUUCCUUUAAAGAUAUUCCAGUAAUAACCUUCUAAACCAUCUAUUUAUUUUUUAAAUCAGAGGGAAGGGCUUCUUUCUAAUCUUGUAUAUAUGCAUUCUUUUAUUUAGACGUUUUCACUGAGGCACCGUCUACUUGAACAAAUAACGCGCCAUCAAGUCAUAACUGUAAGUGGCAGCAUUUUUAAAAACAGUGGUACAAAGGGCUGUUCUGCACUCCUUGCUCACGUUUCUUCAGUGGAGGUUUUGGCCAAGUAAGGAGUACAGAAUAAAUUUCCAAAAUUUAGCACCUUUAUCACAUUGCAGCAGGCAUGGUAAGAUAAAUGCCAGCAUUUUCACUAGUUUCCUUGAAAUCUGGUCUUAGAGAAUACAAGUCUCACAUUUUAAAAACCGUACGUUCCCAGAAUUAGUGAAUGGGAAGCAAACGAGUGUCUUCAGCAAUGACAGCUUUCGGCAUGGCUUAGAUAAUGGCAUUCUGUGAAGACAUAUCAGGACAACUUUUCAACCUACGUGUUCCACAGUGAUCUAAGGACUAACUUUGUUAAAGAAGAAUGUCAAGGGUCUCAUAAAAAACACGUUACAGAAGAAUAUAUCCAAAAGAACAGUGCAUGCAGGGUUGUAAAAUUGAAGGAAGGUACUGAGCUCUGUAAUUGCUUGUUAUGUACAAGUGUAGCCGUAGCUUCAAAACGCAUUCACAUGACAUUGAUGAUUUGGCACUUAGUAAGCAAUUCAUCUUUAAAUUUUUUUGUUUGUUUAAUAGAGUUAGCAGCCCCUUUCUAUGCAAAGGUAAACCUUACACUACCUGUUUUAUGCAGGCUACUAUUUGUUCAUUUGUUACCAACUGCUUUAAGAUUGUAUGUUGAGACAUUAUUAAAAUGGAGGGGCUGCGGUUUUUGUA